AUGUCUUUGAUGGAUAAUUGUUUUCCAUCUAUUGCUUCUCAUGAGCUUCAGGCUUCAAUGAGACUCGCUGAGGCCCUUCCGAAUAGUGAUGUGUUCUCCAAGAUGUGUCUGUUGGCUGCGACUCUCCCGACAUAUCAGCCUCAAUAUUGUCCCCUACCCACGAACAGCUUUGCAUCUCCCACUUCCAACUAA